AAUCCUCUUCCGUAGGAUAUACUCUGAUAAAGUAGGCUACAGAAAGAACUUGGUAUGGUUUGGAAUGGAUGCGAGCGAUAGUUUUGGUCUGCUCGACAUUAAAGAAGCGACAACUUUAAUUAUACCUCCCAUGAGGCAGUCAAAUUGCGUGGAUUAUUAAAGCUAUGUCAUGGGUUGAUUUAACUUCAGUUUGUUAAAAAAAGGACCUCAAUUGUUAUUCUAGACUACCAUGAGAAAGACCUAGCAGGGUUUGCUUAUCAUUUCUCUAGGAUCAAACGGUGUCUUCAUGUGACAGGUGUGUUGUCGCUUCUGGGAAAUGGCAUGCUGUUGUUUGUAGCCUACCGUAAGAGGUCAUCUCUGAAGCCAGCAGAGUUUUUCGUCGUGAACUUGUCAGUGAGUGAUUUAGGGAUGACCCUGUCUCUGUUUCCGCUGGCCAUUCCAUCUGCUCUAGCACACAGGUGGUUGUUUGGAGAGGUAGCAUGUCUGUGCUAUGCUGUGUGCGGGGUUUUAUUUGGCUUGUGCAGCCUAACAAACCUGACUGCUUUGUCGUCAGUAUGCUGCCUCAAAGUCUGCUGCCCAAAUUACGGUAACAAGUUCUCAUCCAACCAUGCUUGUGUGAUGGUUAUUGGGGUUUGGUGCUACGCAUCUGUGUUUGCGUUGGGACCUUUGGUCCACUGGGGAAGUUUUGGACCAGAACCAUAUGGGACAGCUUGCUGCAUAAACUGGUACACUCCAUCCCAUGAUGCCCUUGCCAUGUCUUACAUCAUCAGUCUUUUUAUCUUUUGUUACGUUGUCCCCUGUACAAUCAUCAUCCUAUCUUACACCUUCAUCCUGCUCACAGUGAGAGGGUCUCGCCAAGCCGUUCAACAGCAUGUCUCACCACAAACCAAAGUGACCAACGCACACACUCUUAUUGUCAAGCUCUCAGUGGCUGUAUGUAUUGGCUUCCUUACGGCUUGGAGCCCAUAUGCCGUUGUUGCCAUGUGGGCUGCGUUCAGCGCCAAUGAGCUGGUCCCACCUACCGCCUUUGCGCUGGCAGCUAUCCUGGCCAAAUCUUCCACCAUUUACAACCCUAUGGUUUAUCUUCUCUUCAAACCCAACUUUCGCAAAAUCUUGAGCCAGGAUACUCAAACCAUCCGCCACAGGAUUUGUUUGAGCCAUAGUAAGGUCAGUCUUACACCAGAAAUAAAGGGCCGGCAGCUGCAGAGCUCUCAACAAUGCAACAACAAGGAUGCCACCAUCUCUACACCCUUUUCCAGCUGCCAGGCAGAGAGUUACGGGGCAUGUCAUAUCUGUGCAGAAGUGGAGCCACGUUUUCAGCAAAUAAACCCUCAGAAAACUGUACGGAUUCUGGAGGGCAACGUCCAGAGUGAAAUACCAGUGAGACGUCUGACUGACAGAAUGCAAAAUGACCUCCUGUGAGAGAAACUCAAAAAAGAUAGGAAAAAUGCAUGAAAUGUAUAAGGAGAGGAUGAUGUAAUGUGUAAAAAUGAUGUCCUUAGAUGGCCAAAAACAAGGACAAGGGAAACUGAGGGAAAGAAAAAUGAAACUCUUUCUGUUGUCUCCGGAUUAUUAUUGGUCCUCGGAAAUUCCCACAGAUUUCACCACCGUUUACUGAACCAAAUCCACUUUUUUAAGAUGUACAAGGCAUAUUUCCCUAAUGCAAGGUGUGGCAGUUCAAACAGAACAUACUGUUUUCUAUAUCAAUAUGCAUUUUUAAAUGUAAAACAUGUUUUGUGUGACAAGCCUUUAUUUAAACAAGCCUAAAAAAUGAUAUGUAAUUUAUCAUUGUGUGAGUAAAGUUAAAUAAAUGAUGUGGAGUACG